AUGGAGAACACGACAGAAGUGACAUGGUUUGUCUUGCUGGGACUCACCAAUGACCCACAACUCCAGCUUCCACUCUUCAUUACCUUCCUCCUCAUCUACAUCAUCACUCUGGUGGGGAACCUAGGGAUUAUCCUGUUGAUUCUCUUGGACUCUAGGCUCCACACCCCCAUGUACAUUUUCUUGAGUAACCUGUCCUUAGUGGACUUCUGUUAUUCCUCAACAAUCACUCCAAAGGUCAUGGCUGGAUUUCUUACAGGAGAUAGGAUCAUAUCUUAUAAUGCUUGUGCCUCUCAGAUGUUCUUUUUUGCACACUUUGCUGAUGUGGAGAGCUACCUUUUAGUGUCCAUGGCCUAUGAUCAUUAUGUAGCAGUGUGUAAGCCCCUACAUUAUGCCACCACCAUGACAACACACUUAUGUGUUUUUCUAGUUAUUGGCUGUUACAUUUGUGGUUUCCUGAAUGCUUCCAUCUAUACAGUGGAUGUAUUUAGUCUCUCCUUCUGUGAGUCCAAUGUCAUUCAUCAUUUUUUCUGUGAUGUUCUAGCAGUCAUGAUAAUAUCUCGCUCUGACAAAUAUAUUAAUGAACUGGUUCUUAUUUCUGUAGCCAGUUUCAAUAUUAUUUUUUCUCUUAUACUCAUCUUAAUAUCCUAUAUGUUCAUUUUUACCAACAUACUAAAGAUAAACUCAUCUGAAGGAUAUCGCAAAGCUCUCUCCACUUGUACCUCACACUUUACAGCUGUCUUCAUUUACUAUGGGACUGUCAUCUUCAUGUACUUGCAGCCAACCUCCAGUCACUCCAUGGACACUGACAAAAUUGUGUCUGUGUUCUACUCCAUUGUCAUCCCUAUGUUGAACCCUCUGGUCUACAGCAUGAGGAAUAAGGAGGUGAAGAAUGCAUUCACAAAGGUUGUAUUGAGGUCAAGGUAA